AUGGCCACGCCUAAGAGUGGUUUCGUCGUGAGCGGCAAGGCAAUCGAGGACAUGAAAGUUACAGAGCUCAAGAGCGUGCUAAAGCGUCACAAUUUGCCGCUGUCGGGCGUUAAGCGAGAUCUGGCGGAACGGCUUCGGGUGCAUCUACUCCAACAGCAACAGCAGGAAGCGGACCAGAAGGUGGCUGAUGUGCAACAGCAGCAGCAGCAAGAGGAGAAAGCGAAGGAGGGGAAAGCACAAGAGAGCGAUUCAGGCUCAGACGUGCAGGAGGCGCCGAUUGAGGCCGAAGAGACGGCCAAGGGCGGGGCAGCGGCAGGGGAGGAUAGCAGGGCGAGCAAGGGAGGCGGCGAUGGUGAUAAAGGUGACGAGGUGACUCCAGUGGUGCUUUUCCAGGAAGAGAAGGAGGGUAAAGAGGGGAAGGACGGGAAAGGAGGGAAAGAGGGGAAAGAGGAUAAGGAGGGUAAAGGAGACGAUGAUAAGGUUGAGCAUGAGGAGCGGGAGCGGCAGGGGAAGGAGGGAGGUCAGCAGGGCGAGGAGGAUAAGCCAACGGGAUCGGAUCGAGGUUCAGAAGAGGUAAGGGCCGCUGAUGCUGCUACUGAUGGAGGUGGUGAGAGGAGCGCGGCGGCUGCUGCUGCCGCUGCUGCUGCGGGUGGUGCUGCUGCCGCUGCUGUUGGUGAUAGUGAUGGUGAUGGGGAUGGUGGAGGUUCCGUUGCUGCUUCUGCUGCGGAGGGCAAGAGGGAGGAAACCGAAGUGGCUGCAACGACGUCGAAAGGGGACGACCAGGUAAUGUCUGAUGGGUACGCCGAGGGGAUGGCUGAUACGGGUGCAUCUGAGGAGGCCGGAAACGACAAAGGAACCGUCGGAUCUGAAGCCGAGGGCAUAUCGACGGCGCAGGAGGAACCGGGGAAGGCGGAGAAAGGGGGCGACGAAGGGACGCGGGGGGAGGGGAGGAAGGAGGAGGAGCAGAGGGAUGGUAUGGACGUUGACGGAACGGAAGGGAGAGGGAACGGUGAGAAGGCGGAGGAGGGAGAGAAGGCUGGGCGACAGGCAGAGAAGGACAUUGAAAUGAAGGACGAGGUUAGCAACGAUGAGAGGAAUGAAGAGAGGAAUGAGGAGAAGAGUGUGAAGAGUGAGGGGAAGAAUGAGGAGAAGAGUGAAAGGAAGGGUGAUGAGAAGAGCGAGGAGGGAACGGCUCGCGAGGAAAGGAGGAGUGACGGAAAAGGGACGGAUCGCGAGAAAGACGAAGAGAUGAGAGACGAGGAGGGCAAGGAGGAGGAGGGGAAAGAGGAGGAGGGACGUGACUUGAUGAUAGAGGCGGAUACCGAUCUCGUGGGGGAGCUAGAAGCGGAAGCGGAAGAGGCGGAGGCGGAAGCGGGGGCGCUCGCAAAGCAAGGGCGUGGACUUAGGCGCGGGGGUGCCGCGCUGGCGGAAAGGAAAUCGGGGAAAGAUGGGGGGUCGCGGAGAGAGGAAAGCGUCGCGGCGGAGAAGCGGGGGCGGGCGGGGGGUGUCAUACGCGCGGGGGUUAGUGGGGCGGACGGGAAGAGAGAGCGCGCAGGGGAGGAUGUGGCGGUUGUAGCGCGGAGGAGGGAGGAGCGACUGUCAGGCGGGGGUGUUCCCACCAUCCCAUCCCUGUCUUCCUCCUCCCACGCUCCUCCCCUCCCCCCUCUCCCCUUUCUUUCCUCCCCGUUCUCGCCCCUCCUCCUCCCCCUCCCGAUUUCCCGCCCCCUUCCCCCCAUCCCACGUUCUUCGCUUCCCCCCCCUCUCCCUCCCCCCGCAUCAGCGGAGGAGUCCCCCCGCCCCCCUGACGCCAAGCGCCUGCGCAGAUGGAACGCGCCCAAGACAUCCCCGCCUGCCCCCGCCGCCACUGCUGCCACCGCUGCUCCUACCACUGGUACCACUCCUGCCCCAGCGUCAGCUGGUGGCGUGGGGGAAACAGGCAAGGCAACUGGAACGGGUGUGCUGGCACCAGCGUCUGCUGCACCAGCCAAGGCAGCAGAGGCAGGAGACGGAGCAGCAGCGGCAGGAGGAGCAGGUGGGAAGGCGGGUUCUGGGGCAGGUGGUUCUGACGGCGCAGCAGGAGCAAGGGCUGUGCCAGGGGGAGGUUUGACUCGCAGCGGCAGCGAUGGGAAAGGGGGUGCUGUGGCUGCGGGCACUGCUGCUGCCGCCGCCGCCGCUGCUGGUGCUGCUGCUGGUGGUAACCGUGUGGUGAAGUCGCUCAGUGGGCGCGGCAGCGGGCGAUUGGUUGGGGCUGGAGCGAGGGAGGCAGCGCAAGAGAAAGAAGAUGCGCCCCCGCCAGUGGAGCCGGUGACGGAGUCGCUGCGCAUAGACAACUUUGUGCGCCCCUUCACGCAGCAGCAGGUCAAGGACCUGCUCGCAAACAACGGCCGCUCGCUGCUGCACUACUGGAUGGACGGCAUCCGCACCCACUGCUACGUCUCCUUUGCAUCAGUGGAAGAGGCAAAGGCAGCGCGUGUGAUUUCUCUCACGAGUUCUCGCCACUUGCUUGUGUCUUGUUCCGUGCACCCCUCCCGUCUCAUCAGCCAAGGCAGCAGCGCCCCCAGCAGCAACAUCUGCGCAAGAUAG